CCUGAUUGAUCUGUCUGACAGUGUCUGGCGUCUGACUCAAUUUUGAUUUUUGGAGUAAUUUGGAGAAAGAUACUUUUUUCCUAAAAAUUCAAAAUCAGAUAACAAGUUACACUAAACAGAUCUAAGACAAAUUAAAAUGCACGGCCGAGUCAAAGUUCGUACAACUGAAGAAGAACGUGUGAGAAAGGAGAAAGAACGCCAAGAGAAACUUAAAGUUUACAAACAUGCUAUGCAAAAGAUUUUUCAUAUGAGACAAGAAGGUGAAUUAGAUAAGGAUUUAUUGGAGUUAACUGGAAAAGUGUUGUCAUCCAACCCGGAUAUUAGUACAUUAUGGAAUAUCAGAAGAGAAAUACUGUCUAUAUUCAAGAAAAAUAAUGAGAGUGAAGAAGAAUUGUCUCAACUGUAUGAUGCAGAAUUGCAUUUGACUGAGUAUUGUUUAAAAAUAAAUCCAAAAUCCUAUUGUGCCUGGCACCAGAGGGAAUGGGUGCUGACCACUAGGACAGACCCUGACUGGGCGAAGGAGCUUUCUCUCUGUAAUACAUAUUUGAAGUUAGAUGAGAGAAAUUUUCAUACUUGGGAUUACAGAAGAUUUGUUGUAAGCCAAUGCACCACACCAUUGAAAGAUGAAUUUGACUUCACAACUGAUAAACUAAUGGACAAUUUCUCCAAUUAUUCUGCAUGGCACUAUAGGAGUAAAAUGCUUGUGCAACUUUAUCCAGAUUUGGAAGGUGGGCGACCAAUAGAGGACAGCCAUCAUAAGCAUGAAUUAAAAAUGGUACAGAGUGCAGCGUUCACUGACCCUGAUGACACCAGUGCAUGGUUUUAUCAAAGAUGGCUUUUAGGAGCUGUUAGAACAAAUAUAAACAUUGUAGUCUAUGCCUUGUCGCCAUUGAAAACGACAAUAGCAUUUAGUAAGCCUGUCAGCCAGCAUUAUAUAGCUUCAAAGACACGCUUAUUUUGUAACAAUGAACUAGUAAAUGGAGAGUGGCAGUCUUGUACAGGACGCCAGUAUGAUGUUCUAUGGAUUUUGAAGCAUAAUACGGAAAUCAAUGAAAGUUCAGAUGUCAAGUUGGAGUAUGACACGGAAGAUGGGGGGAUUGAAACGAUUCCUGGCAUAAAGCAAAAUUCCAAUACCUAUAUUGGUAGAGGAGAAGUUAAUUUCGAAAGAAAAUAUUCCAAGCCUGUAAUUGAAGAACUUAUCAAUCAGCUUGAUGCUUGCCGUCAGUUGUUGGCCAUGGAGCCUGACAAUAAAUGGACACUUCUGACAACAACUGUGUUUCUGCACUGCAUUGAUGCAAAACUGUAUCACAAUGAAGUGAUAGAAAAUUUACAUACAUUGAAAACCAUAGAUUAUUUGAGGGCUGGGUACUAUGAUGAUUUAAUAACCAAAUGGAGUAUAGAAGAUCAACUGGUUCUGGAUUAUAAAAACAAUACUCAGGAUUUAAAAAUAAUGUUUAAUGAUAAAAUAACCAGCUUACCUCACUUGCAAUACUAUAGUUACUGUGAAAAUGUUGAUUUAUCCAAUCAGAAUUUGACAUCAAAUGUCUUGCCUUCAUUACUUAUGCUUCAACACUGUAAGAAAUUAUCCUUAGAGAAUAAUAACUUAACUACCUUAAGAAAAUUCCCGAAAUUAAAUUUGGAGGUUCUGAAUUUAAAGGGAAACAAAGAGUUAACUGAGGAAGAAGUAGAGUUAUUUAAAAAGGAAAACAAUUGUAUGGUAAUUUUCUGAAGAAUAUAUUGACACCUUCUGGUUGUAAACAUAUUUUUAAAAUAUAAUUAUAUUUAUUAACAAAGGCUUAAACUACAAUCUUCACUGUGACAGUUACUGAAUACAUUAAAACUAUGGAGGAGGGAAUGAUAGCGGAGAUGCCAUUAGGAAGAUAGGUCAGGCGCCCUCUUGUAGGCAAAGUAGGGUACUGUAGGGGUGAUCAAUAACUAGUUCAUAGUACUAACGAGAUGUCAAAGAUUGAUUUUGAUUGCAUUUUAGCGCUCUACUUUCUAAGGAGAUUUACGUUCUUACAUCUCCGCUAAUAAUUUUGUCCUCUAUGAUUAAAAACGGAAUGCUAAUAUCAUUAUAACUGAUCAAGCUAAUGCAAUACAAAUGAUAUAUUUUCGGUUUUCUCUAUUAAUGCAUCUACAGUCUACACAUGUAAACUGUUCUGUGUGGUGAAGGUUUUGUCAACAAUAAUGGUCCAAAUAGCAAUACAGUUUUUAUUGUAACUUGUAUGAAAUAACUGAAGUGCCUACUUUUUAUUCUACAAUGUUAACAAUGUUUGAAUCCUACUAAUAUGAGGAUAUCAAUAGUUCAAAACAUAUUUGUUAUUUUGAGUCUUAAUAUUAGCACAUAAUUCUAAUUUAUAAUAUAAAAGCUUUUACACAUACCGAGAAAAAAAAGUUUAACAUAGGUACAACAAAAAUAAUAUGUUACAAGUUAUAACAAUGUAGGUAAUUAAUAAUUUCAAAGCACCUUAUACCUGCAACUUCAUUUGUAUAAUAAUAACAAAUUGAAUUUUAAGUCUUGACUCAUUAUUAUACUAUUUCUAAGAUUUGAAGCUGUAAGUACUAAACAUAUAAUUAAGAAUUAUCACUUUUUUUGCUAAGUUAUUACUUUUGAUAAGUACAUCAUAUUUUAUGACUAUGUUGUAUAGACUGAUUUCCUUACAAAAGUAAUUGUAUUGGUUUUUAGUAUCAUGUAAACAGAGCUGCAGCCAUGUAACUAAUACACAUUGAGAAUAUUGAAAACAGUAUUAAUUGCAAGAAGGUUUAUUGCCAGUAACAGAGUUCGCCUUUUAGCUGCAAUCCACUGAAAUCUAGAUUGAUUACAAUAAGCAUCAACAACACAUUAAAGUCUUUCCUACUUUAUUUCAUCAAGAGGCCUUUCAUUCAUUUGUUUUUUUUUUAACUUAUAUACUUUAUUUGUUUAUUUAACAGUUCUCUUCAUUAUCUAUCUAGGCAUGUGUUUAGAAAAAUAUAUAUCUAUUUAUUAUGUUUUACAGUUAAUGUUUUGUAUUCUUUUUAGUUUCACAAAUAAACUUAUCAUAAUAUGAUACAAGUACCUACUUUAAUAAUAUGUUUCUGCUAAUUGAUAAAAAAUCUGCCUUAUCAGAACUACUUUAACAUAACUCUUUGCACAUUAUAAUAAUUAAUAUCUGUACCAACUAUAUAAACUGUUGUCUGUUACUAUCUAGGGAGUUAUAACAUGGGGAGUUUACAAUCAGGUAAUGGGAAUGUGCUCAGUAAUAGCUUUCUACAUUACCAAUGAAAUUGUUAUUAUUAUAUAGGCACCCUAUUAAUACACUGAGGUAAAGCAUUUGUACAAGUGCCUAAUAUUUACUGUUUUAAAUGAAGUUACGAUAGGCAGGUAGGAAUACAGGUACCAGUAACAGUCAAAAUAAAAUUUAUUAGUAAGAUAUUCUACUGCUGUGACAUUUCCAAAUAGCAACAGGCUUUAAUUUCAGUAACAUUUAUAUUUAUUUAAGUUAGGUACAUUAUUUUAUCAUGUUGAAUUUAUUUACAUAUAAAUAAAUUAUUGUAAAAUGAA